AAAUAUUAAAAAUAACCCUCCUGGAAGAAAAAUAUAAAGCAGUAGAUGAAGAAACUGAAGAAACUAAAUCCCUACAACAAUUUAAAGAAGAAAAUGAAGAACUUUCACAACAAUUAGAGCAAAUAAAAGAAAUUAAUAAAGACCUUGAAAGGCAAAUGGAAAAUAAACAAGAAGAACAACAAAAAUUGUAG